AUGUUCCGCCUCGCCCCCAGACUCCUCUCCCGCGGCCACCUCCGCCUCCUCUCCACCACCCGCCCCCGCCUCAACAAGGGCCCCCCCACCACCCAGGGCCACACCAGCACCAAAGACGCCGACGACCCCCAAGCCGACUCGGCCCACGCCGCCCACGCUGAAAAGCAGUCUUCCAACGGCUCCGGCGAGGAAGAGCCAUUCGAUGCUGCCCGUCAAGGCGGUAGCGGUGGCGAGGCAAAGGGGUCCAAGACGCAGGCGACAAGCGGCGUCGACAAGGGCCAGUCUGGCGCUUUCAAGGACCAAGUCGGUGGGCAGGAAGGUAGCGACAAGGGCGUGGAAUUCGGGGGGCAAGAGCCUGCUGCCGAGAACACGGCUACUCAGGGGCUCAAGAAUACCAACCAGGGACAAGGUUUCGAAGGCUUGCGAAAGCUUCGCGAGGAAGGAAAGAACUUUCACACUUCUGCUCGCGCCCACGGACCCGCUGCCGAGCCCACAUCCCCCGACGCCCCCGGCUCCCGCGCCCCGAAAGAAUCCACCCCGGGCGACCAGAACGAUCACCUCAAGCACAGCUCUUCGUCCACCCCCGACAAGGGCAAGGGCAACGCCGCCGAUGACCCUCAUCUUCCCAGCCAGCAAGGCAAGGGCGGGAGCACACAGCAGACGAGGAAGAUCCAUAUGAGCGCUGCGAGGAGAGCCCACUCGCCCCCUUCCGACAAGUAUGCAAAGACUCAUCAUGACAGUGAGAGCCACGCCGCUACCAGCGCUCCUCCCGAAGCUCUCCCCCCUCACCUCGAAUCCGACUACUCUGCAGAAGCCACCGAACCCGCUCCCUCCAACCUCAAGCCCUCCAGCCAGAUUCCCCACUCUAGCUCCGCCGUCGACCCUCCUCACCCCGUCCUCUCCCAGCAGGCCAAAGACGGUACUCUGGCUGAAAGGAACACCCAGCCGACUGCUGAGAUGGGGAGGCAAGGCAAUGACGAGGCUUGGAAGCACCGAAAGUAG